AUGGUCAUGCCUCGUACACAUGCUCCGUUGCUAAAACGAGCUCUUAAUCCUCGAACAGUCGCUCUCGAAAUCAUCCCCCGCAACCGACUACCAGAUCACUCAGCAAACCCCCUUGCCAGACGCAGCUCAUCGUCACCAAACUCGCUCCGUUUCGACGACACGUUCCGACUAACGAUCUCUGCCUUUGACGACGUUUUCCAUCUCCAUUUACGACCUAAUGACCACCUGAUCCACCCAGCAGCACGCAUCAAGUACUACAAACUCGAUUCCAACGGUAACCCCACCCUUGAUCGCACAGAACCUCUGCUCCGAGAAAAUGUCAAGGCUUUCUGGGGAGAAGUCAUCUCGCCUCAACACACAGAUACUCGGAUGAAGGAGGAUGCCGCCGGUGUCGUGCACCCGCCCAACCACCCCGCAGAGCUCGGGUGGGCACGAGUGAUGGUCCACAACCCCGGAGACCCCGAAAAAGGAAUCUCACCCAUCUACGAGGGUGCUUUCUCAGCCAACGGCGUUAUCUACCACAUAUCCACAAAGGACAACUACAUGAGGAAGAAACACCCACUCGACCCUGAUGCCUUGCCUGCCGGGAGUGUCAUCGACGAAAAUUUGGUCAUUUGGAGGGACAGUGAUGCUAUGACGCCUGAAGAGGAGCACUUUGUCAAGACGGGAGAACAACCGAUGGAACCUAUGGCUGUACCUCAGUCUUGUGGUCAUGAUAAUCUCGACUUCAAUACUGACCCUGCUCUUAACCCUGUCCUCCGCCGCCCGACUCCGGCUUGGUUGAACGUCCUGCUCCGCCCACGCACAGAUGAUCAUGUGUACCACCGGUAUCGCCGCCAAGACGGCGAUGCUCCUGGCACUGGGAACGGGGGUAUGGGUACCAACUUUGCUGAGAGUAUCGGCCAGUCUGUUGGCUGCCCGACGACCCAAAAGAUCAUUUACAUGGGAGUCGCGGCCGAUUGUGAAUACGUCACGAAACAAGGUGGUGAAGAGAAUGCCAAAACUCAGAUUCUCAAUACUUGGAACACGGCAAGCGCCCUCUACAAGUCCACGUUCAAUGUGAGCUUGGGUAUUACGGAGUUGGUGGUUCAACCCAGAGAGUGCCCUGCGCAAGUAGAUCCUGCAAUACCGUGGAAUGUUCCUUGCGGUAGCGCAACGCUUAGCCGUCGGCUCUCUGACUUCUCUCAAUGGCGUGGCACUCGAAGCGAAGAUGGCAAUGGCCUUUGGCAUCUCAUGAGUGGCUGCCCAACGGGGGCCGAGGUUGGAAUCGCCUGGCUAGCUACUAUUUGCCGCUCAUCUGCUGCAAGGACUAACACUGGCGUCGUAUCUGGUACCGCCGUCUCGACAUCUGGAAGGACAGAGUGGCAGGUUGUUGCCCACGAAAUCGGACACAACUUUGGUGGAAUCCAUGACUGCGCCGAAGGUUGUUCAGUCUCGGACGUCAAGUGCUGUCCUUUAAGCACCACGACGUGUGAUGCACAAGCUCGGUUCAUUAUGAGUCCUGUAGCUCAACCUGGAGAGAAGGUCUUCUCCCAAUGCAGUCUAGGCAACAUCUGCUCGCUCAUGCGAGGAGUGACCAAUGCUAGGACGGAUACAAGCUGCCUCAUUGAUCCCGAUCCUGAUCGUCCAACCAUCUCGCUCCAAAUGUGUGGCAACGGUAUUGUCGAGAACGGCGAAGAUUGCGAUCCCGGGCAAGGAAUUGAUUCUCCGUGCUGCGAUCCCACCACCUGCAAGUUCAGGCCCGGCGCCGUAUGUGACCCGCAGAGCAGUCCUUGCUGUACCGACCAAUGUACCUUUGCGCCGUCCUCGAGGGUCUGCCGGCCUGCCAAAGACCCGAAAUGUGACAUCGAGGAGAGGUGUACUGGAAACUCGGCCUCUUGUCCCACUGACGAAACUCUCCCGAACGGUGAAUCUUGUGGUGACAAUGACUUGAAGUGUGCAAGCGGCAUUUGCACGUCCAUAGCUGAACAAUGCAAGAUGGUCGGCGCAUCUCUGGGAUUGUCACAACCUUGUCCAGACCGCAGUGACCAAUCAUGUCAAAUCUCGUGCCAGGAUCCCAGGCGAACAAACGCGUGCAUUCGAUUAACUUCACUUCUCGUCGAUGGAUCGCCUUGCGGUUAUGGCGGAACAUGCCUGAGUGGGAAGUGCCAGUCGGCUGGAUUCAUUGAGACCGCCAAGGCGUGGUAUACUCAGAAUCUUCAAAUCGCCAUUCCUGUGACCGUCGUGGCUGGCUUGAUCUUCCUGCUGAUCGUAUGGGGCAUCUUCUCUGCCAUCAGAAGAUGUUGCAGUGGACCUCGUUCCCGUCCCACAGCGAUCGUCGUCCCUGCAACAACCGGGGUCACACACCAACGGUUAGGAAGCCAGGAACCAUUUUACCGCAGCACUCCACCUGAGCGUCGCUCGCAGUACACCCGCGUACCCCCGCCGGCAGCGCACGACCGCACAGCAUCCCAGGUCUAUAACCAAGGUUACAACCAAGGCUACAACCAAGGUGGCUACAAUAUGAACUACGCAGCCAAUAAUCGUGCGAAUUGGGUAGAUGAUCGUGAUUACAAUGGACCUAGCGGUGGUUGGAGAUGA